AUGGGCGCCCGUGCUUUUUGGUCGCAAGUUUCGGGCAGAGAGAAAGAGAGAGAGAGAGAGAGAGAGAGAGAGAGGACGAAGGCGAGGAGCGGCCGUGACGCCAAUAGUCGUGGCAGCGAUGCGUGGCAGCAAACAGCCGGUGUCAGCGCCGAGGCAGUUGGUGAGGGCGAUUGUGUCGCGAUCAGGAGGAUGAUGCAGAGGCGAGGCGACGACGGCAACGACGUACCGGCCGAAGAAGGUGAGGGCUCAAGCGAGAUGAUUGCCUUUAAACGUGAUGGUUUGGCUGAGCCAGGUCGGGGAUGGUCCGGCGUGCAGGGACGGCUGGGGGAGUUUUUUUGGGGGGGGGUUAAGGUGUGGGUGGAGUGCUUGUCGAGAUUAGCCAACGGCUCUAGCGACCUGCUGGGCGUUAGUGGGGGAACAAGCAAGGACGGUGCGCUGACGGCUGCUGGCACUGUCGCAUUUGCCGCGAUAGCACGACUCACGUCGUCCCAUGCCCGCGCACAGUGA